AUGGGCGCCGCCAUCCUGCUGCUCUCCGGCGCACCGCCACCCGUGCUGACCUCCUUGAUGGUGAGGUCCCAGCCGGGCGGCCGUGCCCCUGCCUUUGCCCUUGCCCGCGGGCGGCCGGGCCCGGGUAGCGCGGCCCGCAUCCGUCGGCGUGAGGGAGGAGGAGGGAGCGGGUCACGGCAGAAGGGGCCUCGAAGGCGGAGAGACCACGCGCUGGAGCAACAAGAGGUCCUGCGCGGGGGCAAGCUGGAGCUGCCGGUGGUGGAUCUGCAGGCACUGACGGCGGCGUGCCGGGGCUCGGCGCGUUCCACCUCCGCGCACCUCUUCGUGCUGGCAUGCGGAGACAUGGUGGAUGCGGGGCCAAGCUCUUAG